CUCGAGUACAACGUCAGCCAUGUUGCUAUUUACUCUCGACACAGCGAGUCUUUUUCUCUUUGCAUUUCUCCCGUCUUGAUUGAUACCCACUCCUCAAUUGACUCAUCUCCAUUCCAACCGCAUAAAUGUCCAAAGUCCCAAUCCCCCUUUCCGAGCCUCCAUGGCUGAUGGGUCUUCCCUCUCCCUACUACAACGAAUCGCACAAGAAAUGGCAAAAGACCUGCCGAGCGCUCAUCGACGAGUUAUUAAUGGCUCAGAGCGCCGAGUGGGAGAGAGCGGGUGAUGUUCCUGGUCCGUAUUUUACACCAAUCCUCUGCAUAGAAAAACAAUAAUAGCUGAUGGCACCGUGAUAGAAACCCUCUACGGCCAGUUCGCAGCCGCCAACCUCUUGAUUCCCAACUUAUCUGCCCCGCUGCCUGUCAAAUGGCUGCAUAAACUCGGCAUCACACAUCUUCCUGGGGGUCUGAAAGUGGAAGAUUUCGAUUACCUGCAUACGUUGAUCUUUGUAGACGAAGGAGGUCGCGUGGGAAGUCUCGGGCCUGGAGGAGCGGUGGGUGUCGGAUUCGCAUUUGGGGUUCCGCCGAUCCUGAAGUUUGGGAGUCAUGCGUUGCAAGAGAAGUUCUUGCCGGAUUUACUGACGGGGAAGAAGAGGAUUUGCAUUGCCAUCACGGAACCGGAGGCCGGGAGUGAUGUUUCUGGUAUCACAACCACUGCUGUGAAAAGCAAGGAUGGGAAGGAAUAUAUCGUCAAUGGGACGAAGAAAUGGUACAUCCUUUUCUUACUCCUGUUCUUGAGAUAACAGAACUAAUUGAAGAUGCAGGAUCACAAACGGACUUUGGUCUGACCAUGCUUCCAUGGCCGUACGAACUGGUGGACCCGGCCCAGCUGGUCUAUCCAUGCUAGUCGUCCCUCUUUUGAACACUCCCGGUGUUACUAUGCGACGGAUCAGAGUAGGUGGACAAUCCUCCGCCGGAACAACCUUCAUCGAACUCGAUGAUGUGCGAGUUCCAGUUUCCAAUUUGAUUGGCACAGAAGGCCAUGGUAUGAGAUACAUCAUGCAGAAUUUCAACCACGAGCGUCUUACAAUCUCCAUAUCCACCAAUCGUCUGUCUCGCGUGGCUAUAAGCUCCGCAUUCGAGUACUGCAUGAAGCGAGAGGCUUUUGGAAAGACAUUGAUGGAUCAGGCGGUGGUAAGACACAGAUUGGCAAAGUGUGGUGCCGAACUAGAAGGGCACUGGGCUUUGGUGGAACAGUAUACGUAUUGUAUGACGAAGCUUAGUGAAAAGGAAGCAAAUGAGGAAUUGGGAGGCUUGACUGCUUUGGUGAAGGCACAAGCUGGUCGCGUGCUUGAACUUUGCGCGAGCACUUCGGUCUUGCUUUUCGGGGGGAAUGGAUAUACCAAAUCUGGCCUCGGCGAGAUCGCUGAGCGUAUGGCUCCCUUCCUGGCAAUCCCAAUUUGAAGAACAAACUAACAUGUACUAUAGGAAUCUAUCGUGAAGUUCCCGGUGUCAGGAUCCCAGGAGGCUCAGAGGAUGUCAUGUUAGAUUUAGCUAUCCGGCAAUUGGUGAAGAAUUUCCAACGUAAGACAAAAGAACUAGAGGGAGCUACGGGCUCAUCGAAGUUGUAA